UGGCGCGCGCUCUCGGCGCAAAAAUGCACAGAAGCAGCCGAAGGGCUCGCGACGGCAGUGUUUGCAAGCCGGGCGUUUUCUCAGGCUUGCUUUGCAAAGCUCGGCAGCCAAAGUAGCACGAGCCCGCCUUGCCCCCGAAGUCUCCGCCGCUCCUCCCCCUCCUCCUUCACCACCUCCGAGACACCGAGGCGCUUGGACUUUCUUCCCCAUCCUUCUCCUCCCCAGGCAAACUUUGAUGGAGAAUUUCACCCAGCGCUGGCAAAAUGCCUGUCAUGAAAGGAUUACUGGCACCGCAGAACACCUUCCUCGACACCAUAGCGACUCGGUUUGACGGCACACAUAGUAACUUCAUCCUUGCAAAUGCUCAGGUGGCUAAGGGAUUUCCCAUAGUUUACUGUUCCGAUGGCUUCUGUGAGCUUUCCGGAUUUGCACGAACAGAAGUCAUGCAGAAGAGCUGCAGCUGUAAAUUUUUAUAUGGUGCUGAAACAAAUGAGCAGAUGAUUCUCCAAAUUGAAAAGUCACUGGAAGAAAAGAUAGAAUUCAAAGGAGAGAUAAUGUUUUAUAAAAAGAAUGGGUCUUCAUUUUGGUGCUUGUUGGACAUUGUCCCUAUCAAGAAUGAAAAAGGUGAUGUGGUUCUGUUUCUGUCCUCUUUCAAAGACAUAACUGAUACAAAAGUGAAGAUUCCUCUGGAUGACAAAAAGGAAGAAAAAUUCAAAGGACGAGGUAGAGCAGGAUCACAUUUUGAUUCAGCACGCAGACGGAGCAGAGCUGUCCUUUAUCAUAUCUCUGGACAUCUACAAAGAAGAGAAAAGAACAAAUUAAAAAUUAAUAAUAAUGUUUUUGUAGAUAAACCAGCAUUUCCAGAAUAUAAAGUUUCAGAUGCAAAAAAGUCCAAAUUCAUACUUUUGCAUUUUAGCACUUUUAAAGCUGGCUGGGACUGGCUUAUUUUACUGGCAACGUUUUAUGUUGCUGUGACUGUACCUUACAAUGUUUGCUUUAUUGGCAAUGAUGAUCUAUCUACAACUCGAAGCACAACUGUCAGUGACAUUGCAGUGGAAAUUCUUUUUAUCAUAGAUAUUAUUUUAAAUUUCCGAACAACAUAUGUCAGCAAGUCUGGCCAAGUAAUAUUUGAAGCAAGAUCUAUUUGUAUCCACUAUGUGACCACAUGGUUUAUCAUUGAUUUAAUUGCUGCACUUCCUUUUGAUCUUCUUUAUGCUUUUAAUGUCAAUGUGGUGUCCAUUGUCCAUCUUCUCAAAACAGUACGAUUGCUGCGUCUUUUACGUCUCCUUCAAAAGUUGGAUCGUUAUUCCCAGCAUAGCACUAUUGUUCUGACACUUCUUAUGUCUAUGUUUGCACUGCUAGCUCAUUGGAUGGCUUGCAUUUGGUAUGUCAUUGGAAGGAAGGAAAUGGAAAAAAAACCAUUCACAUGGGACAUAGGUUGGCUUCAUGAAUUGGGAAAACGCUUGGAGUCUCCAUACCAAGGCAAUAACACAUUUGGAGGCCCAUCACUCAGAAGUGCCUAUAUUGCUGCCCUGUAUUUCACACUCAGCAGCCUCACCAGUGUUGGAUUUGGCAAUGUGUCGGCCAAUACCGAUGCUGAAAAGAUUUUCUCUAUUUGCACAAUGCUGAUUGGGGCCUUGAUGCAUGCCUUGGUGUUUGGUAAUGUAACUGCUAUAAUUCAACGGAUGUACUCCAGAUGGUCCCUUUAUCACACAAGAACCAAGGAUUUGAAGGACUUUAUAAGGGUCCAUCAUCUCCCACAGCAGUUAAAGCAAAGGAUGCUUGAAUAUUUCCAAACUACAUGGUCAGUAAACAAUGGAAUAGAUUCCAAUGAGCUUUUAAAGGACUUUCCAGAUGAGCUGCGCUCAGACAUCACCAUGCACUUGAACAAGGAGAUUCUGCAGCUGUCCCUUUUUGAGUGUGCCAGCCGCGGUUGCCUCAGGUCUCUUUCUCUGCAUAUCAAAACCUCUUUUUGUGCUCCUGGGGAGUACCUCCUCCGGCAGGGAGAUGCCUUGCAGGCAGUCUAUUUUGUGUGCUCAGGUUCAAUGGAAGUUCUUAAAGACAGCAUGGUGCUGGCAAUCCUAGUUUUCUUUUAUUUAUAUUUUCCAUUAGGUAAAGGGGAUUUAAUUGGAGCAAACCUUUCAAUUAAGGACCAAGUGAUUAAAACGAAUGCUGAUGUGAAAGCUCUAACCUACUGUGACCUCCAAUGUAUUAUUCUCAAAGGACUCUUUGAAGUGUUAGACCUUUACCCAGAAUAUGCUCACAAGUUUGUGGAAGAAAUUCAACAUGAUCUCACAUACAACCUUCGAGAAGGCCAUGAAAGUGAUGUAAUCACAAGAUUAUCAAACAAGUCUGGAAUCUGUCAGGCAGACUCCAAAGGAAAUGGGAGCAUAAACAAGAGACUUCCAUCCAUUGUGGAGGAUGAGGAAGAAGAGGAAGAGGUGACAGAAGAAGAGGCAGCUACUCUUUCUCCAGUCCACACAAGAAGCACAACCUCCACCCAACAGAAAAAGUCAGGAAGCAAUAAAAGCUAUCUUGGGAUAAACUUGAAACAGUUGGCCUCAGGAACUGUGCCCUUCCACUCUCCUAUCCGAGUUUGCAGUACAAACUCCUCUAGAACCAAACAUGAAACAGAACUACAUUAUUACUCCAAAAGGAGAGAAAAGAACCUGAAGUUACACCUUUCAUCACUAAACAGUGUUGGCCCUCCAGAUCUCAGCCCAAGGAUUGUUGAUGGCACAGAGGAUGGUAACAAUAAUGAAGAGAACCAGACGUUUGACUUUGGCUCCGAACAACUCAGGCAGGAUUCCAGAGCAUCUCCUCCCACCAGGGAGAAUGAAAUUGGUUCUGCUGUGCUGGUUAUCAAAGCAGAAGAAACAAAACAACAGAUCAACAGACUGAACAACGAGGUAACUACUUUGACUCAAGAGGUCUCCCAGUUAACUAAGGACAUGAAGAAUGUGAUGCAUCUCCUGGAAAGUCUCUUGGUGUCACAGAAGUCCCCGGAGUUCUGUGCGGUGCAUGGUCCAGCCAUGAGUACCAGCAUGGACAACUUACAGACCAGAAUGACUUGGACUAAACAUCAACCAUGCCUGCAUAGUCAGGUUCCAAAUGUUACUUGCACCAAAACACAACUCUGUCAUUCCAAUACAAUAGCUGGUUUCUGGAGUAUGGAUCCAACCUCAGUAGGUAGCAGUCCACAAAGAACUGAGCCACACAUUCAGACCUCUACAGAUGGGGAAUUUUAUUACACUUCAGGCCUUGAAUAUUCCCCGUCCCACUACCACGUAAUUCAAAAAGAUCAUUUACAGUUAGUGAGUUGCACCUCUCCACCUUCAGACACCACUUUGACUCCUCUCCAGUCUAUUUCAGCCACUCUGUCGUCCUCCAUGUGUUCAUCGUCAGAGACAUCCUUACACCUUGUGCUGCCUAGUCGAUCCGAAGAAGGCAGCUUUAGUCAGGGCGCGGUCAGUUCGCUAAGUCUUGAGAACCUGCCGGGGUCUUGGGACCUGGAAGGAACAACAGGAACAGCAGCUGCACAGACCACCGAAGAUUUGCCUCCAGAUUUUAAGACAAGCUCCGUGGAUGUUCAAGAUAGUAAAGCCAUAAAUGUAUAAUGAAACUAAUGAAGCAUUACUUUAAGCAUGCUCCACAACUGCCAGCUGUACGCUUAUCCAGUACUGCAUGACAUUUUUGCCUUUUCUUGAAUGCCCAUGGAAAUUAGCAAACCUGAAAAUUCACCUUGUUGGGAGAGCAGCAGAAAGAUAAAGGUUUACCUAAUUUGCAUGAAGAGAAACAGGUUUCCAGGUUUUAAGAAGCACACUGAAAAGCCUUUUGUACUCAAAUGUAAAUCAACUGGACUGCUCAACAGACUUUUAUGAUGCCCUGCCACUCCUGAGAGCCAAAGUAUCUGGUCAAAGAGGACUGAGGAGCUUCUUUGUGUGAAGCAGAGGGUUUUCCCUCCCUUAGUGCUUGAUUGUUGCUUCCAGACAAUAUCUAUGGUACUGUCUGCUUCAGGGGAUAUAGGCUCCUGCUGGUAUUUAUGGCAAUGCUGUAAAAGCAAAGGGACAAUUACCACUGCAUGUCAUCUCCUUGACAAUCAACCAAAUAGAGCUGGUAGCGAGUGGUUAAUUGUUGCACGUUCUUUGUUAUGUAAAUCAGAGUACUUUAUCAAAAACACUAUUUUUCUAUACUUGCUAAGAAGUAUGUAUUUACAAUAUUUAUAAGGAGGCUGCUAAGGAUUUUGUUUUUUGUUCUUUUUGUUUUCUCCUCCCUCCUUCUCCUCAUCCUCCUCCAUCCUUUUAUUCCUUCCCUUUGUCUACUCCUCCCCCUCCUCCUUUUUGGAAAAGUGCUUGUUUCCAAAAUUAAUACACGACUGUGUCCAAACUAUUAUGUAUUAGAUCAAGCAACCCUUAAUUUUAAAUUAUUCCCUUUUAUCUGCAUGCCAUUUGCAAUGAAUUUAUCCUUGCCAUUAAAAUAUAAAUGAAGGCUAAAGUACUAUUUUGUUAACAAAAGACUAAAAAGCCCAGAUGACAUAUAUAAUGUUAAGUCAUAAUUGUAUAAGUACCCCACAAACUGUAUUGCCUUAAUAGUGAUCUCCAAUGUCCUUACUUAUAUUUUGCACAAUGUCAGCACUUUUUACAUUCUCUAUUUAUUUUUCCUUUUCCUUUCCUUUUUAAAGCUUGAUAACCAUUUGACUAUAAACCCUAAAUCUCAGGGGUAACUUUUAACAAGAAAAAAAAAUAAUUGGGGAAUUGUAAAUCAGGAAUAAUUAAUUAAAACAUAUUUCUGAAAUAAGUUUCAAAGCUAGUAUUUAAGAUCGUUUUUACCAGCAAAAGAAUCUAUAGUCAUUAAAUAACUAGGAGAUAUUUAUCAAUUGCCUUGCACUUUUGUACAUAAAGGUAACAUUAGGAAUAAUAUAAUGGACAAGUAAAUUUACCCAAAUAAGUAUGCUUUUGAAAUUUAUAAUAUGAUAACAUUGAACGGUUGGCUCCCAGAAUGUGCAGAACCUCUGAGUUACACAGAAAAAAUUCAACAUCAUAGAUAUUCAAAUGUGCAUUUCAAAUAUACAAAAUCUGUUAUCAUGACACUGAAUAGGUAUUAAAACAUUAUUGGUUAAUAAUACUUCUCCACUUUUUUAUUUAGAGAAACAACAGUAUAAAAUUAUUUGAAACAACAAUGAGCCAAUAAACUGUUUCAAGUUCUAAAAAUCAUGGAUAUGUGACCUUAAUAUAGAAAAAAGGAAGCGAAUUUGCAAGGCCAAAGUUAAAGUCAUUUUAUAUUUAGCAGGCUUCAUACUUUACAUAUAACCAGCUUUCUUAAAAUAAAUGAAAUCUCUAUUUUAAUUUCCAAUUGUGUGGCAUAUAGUGUAAUCCUUCCUAGGUUUUCUCAGAUGUAAGUAAAUUUCCUCUGUCAUAAGUCUCUGGUAUUUACUAUUUUGCUAUAAUUUUGCAGUAAUUUUUAUGCCCUUAAAGAAGUUCAAAAUUAAAUAUAGAAAUCAGUUAUCAAGUUAUACAUGAGAAUGAUAAAUUCUCACUGGCAAUAAUAAAUCAUAGACUCAUGGAGUUGGAAGGGACCUCAUGGGCCAUCCAGUCCAACCCCCUGCCAUAAUAAUUUGGACAUUUUUCUCGUUAUGAUAAAAUAGUUGCAAACUGUGUAUUUGCCAUUCAGGAACUAUUCUGUCAAAAUAAUGCUCUUUAACUCAGAAAAGGCCCUUUUCUGUGCAGAAAAUAGGUUUCUGUUAACAAGUAGAAAUAUUUUCUGCACAAGAAUUGCUAUUUCCUAUGUAGAAAAUAUCAAUCCUUUAUAACAACUUAUUAAAAUAGCAACUUAUUUUCCACCAAAAUGUUUAUUUGUUUAUAUUUUUGCACAAAAAUGCUGCUUUCUAUUUACAAAAACUUGUUUUCUGUGCAGAAAUUGCUGUAUUCUUAUAUUUAAAAACAUGCUUUUAUUUACACAGAAUAAGUCCUGACUAGCAAAAAUUCUUCCCCAUCCAGUAUUCUCCUUAUGAAGGUUUACUGACACUUAAUAAAUCUGUUUUUCAAUCAUGUUUGUGUAUUUCUCAAACUUUUCUUUCCACCCCUACUUCAUUGCCUUGCUUAUAAUCAGAGAUUUACAAUUGAAAUAUUUGUAUAUAAGUAAGGGGGUUGCUUUCAUAGAAAGUAAUCUUUGAAAGACACUAUUUUAUUAAUUCUGUAUGACUUCAUGGAAUGCUCCUUAUUUUUUCUUCACCGUGAUGACCACUGAACUGAAACAGAUAUUUUAAUUUUAUAAGCAUUUCAUUUUUUAUUUAUGAACAUAAUUCUUUUACUUUACAGUUUGUUAUACUGUGUUAUGUUCCUGGGUUCGUCCAAUCUCUAUGGUAACUUUUUACUUGCCCACCUGGGAACACACAUGCCUACUGAUCGAUUGGCAAGUCAUAAAGGUAUCUUUCAGACAUAAAAAAGCACAGUCCUCGUGCUGCAUCCAUCACCUCAUGGAUCAAAGAAAAUAAACAAUUAACAAUACAGGUUGAGCCCCCCUUGUCCAAAAAUCCAAAAACCUCCAAAGAAAUGAAACUUUUUGCCAUCAGCCGUCUGCUUCAACUUCAGGGCAGUGGAGGUAGUGUUCCUGCUUGUUCAUCUUUCAGGUCCUCAUUCUCUCUCCAACCUCAUAUUAUAUUAAACAUGAGGCUGGAGAGAGACUGAGAUACUAAAGCAAGACUUAAAAUGGUGGGAGGCAUUGAUUCUUCAAAGUCCAUCUCUGUCCCUUGCCCCCCCCCCCCACACACACACACACUUUUUCCCUUUUUCCUUCCUAAGCCUUUUCUUUUGAGGGGGACUGUGGGGGGUGGCACAAUAGGAGGUGAAGUGCUCCCUCCUUUUCAUGUCUUCAUUCUAUCCCAUUAUUUUCUUCUAUUUCUUUCCUCUUGUUCCUCAGGAGGUGAGGGAUAGUGAAGCCUCUUUUUUCUUCCCCUUGGGGUAGGAUUGGAGAAGAUUGGUCCACGUUUCUAGUUUUUUUCUCUUUAUUGUUGUUUUUUCAUUGUUUUUCUUCUCUCUCUUUUCCAUUCCUUUUCUCUCCCCCAUCUUCAUCCUAUAUCUCCUUUAACUCUCCCUCUGCUUCCUCUUCAUGGCUGGCUGCCACAAUACUGGCCAUAUGCUCCUCCUUAUAGCCGCCCCUCAUAACAGUCCCUCCACCUUCACAUUGAUAUCACAAGUAGCAAACAAAUGAGAUUUGAACUUGACACAAAGAUCUGUGACAUGACAGAAGGCAUUCCAAAAUCGGGGGGGGGGGGGUCCAGAAUAACAAAGCAUUUUUCAUCCCAAACAUUUUGGAUAAGAGCCACUCAACCUGUAUUAGAUACCAAAAUUUACAAAGUAUUAAUAAUUAUUCAGAAAUGUUUUCUACAUGGGUGAAAAAAUGUUUAACUUUGCAGCUUAUAAGCACACAACAGUUGGGAGUAGGGGUGUUCUGAUAGCUGGCCAUUUUAUUUCCCAUGAUAACGAAAUUAUAUUUAUUGAUUAUAUUUUGCCUGAUCCAAUAUUGUAUAUUUGGUUCAAAAUUAAAAAAACGGACAAUGCAAAUUACAUCAUGGAGCAAAUAAAGCUCGACUAACCCAUC